AUGGAUAAAUCCGUGGCAGCAAAUGGAGGUGAAAAUGCUGGUAACGGUACAAAAGGUUCGAUUAACCUGGGAGCUUUUAGAUUCAAGGAAAUACUUGGCGAGGAUGGUACCCGUAAGGCGGCUUUCGUGCUAUUGGAUGUGAAUGAUUGUAGUAAUCAAGCUGUUCUAAUUGUGGAAAGGACUCCUUUUCCUGUGAGUGAGCAGGAUUGGAAUACAAUUGUUUCUCACUGUUCACUGAAAACUGUAUCAACUAAUGACAUAUAUUCAAAUCUCAUUUUAUUCCCACCAGAGAAGUUUGCUGGGAUCAAGACGACGUUAAUAAAUCCAUGUACCGAAAAGCAUAUUGCGAAGUAUCGGGAUCAGAAGCGAUAUGUCAUCCACGAAACGCCCGUCGAUUACAAAUCCAUCACUUUACCUUAUCUGGAGGAACAUCAGUUCACGUUGAAGUGGAUUUUUAAUUUGUUGGAGCACAAAGCUGAAGUGAACCGUGUUAUUUUCGAUGAUAAAGAUCCACAGAAUGGUUUUGUGCUUGCUCCAGAUCUCAAAUGGGAUGGCAAGAAUUUGGCAAAUCUUUAUGUCUUGGCAAUCAUCAGGCGAAAAGGAAUUAAAUCCGUUCGGGAUUUAACUGCUAAUGAUCUUCCGCUGCUAGAGAAUAUUUCUCAAAAAAGUUAUAUGGCAAUUAAAGGAAAGUAUGGAAUUGAUAAGCAUCAGAUUCGAGCUUACUUUCACUAUCAACCAACCUUCUACCAUUUACAUGUUCAUUUCAUCCACGUGUCAUACGAUGCCCCUGGCAGCGGUGUUGCGAUGGCUUAUCUUCUGGAGGAUGUAAUUAAUAACAUAAAAUUGGUUCCUGAUUACUAUCAGCGCUCUACAUUAACUUUUACAGUGAAGGAAAACAAUCCACUGCUGAAGUUAUAUCGCGAUACAUAUCGAUGGUAA